AUUCAAAGGUCACCAGUCAAUAUGUCGUUUGUCCGAAGUCGUGUCCUCCUCCCCCACCAUAGGCACUACCUUUUCUCUUUUGUUAGAACAGUGUCAAGACUCGAGAACAAGAAAAGGGAAGGAGCUGCGCAGAUUUUUUACAUCGGUUUGAUAGAUAAUAAUGAGACUAGUGAGCUUGUUGGAUGAGGAAAAAGAAGUAGAGAAAUUAAGAGAGAAGGCAAAAGUGAAAAGGCUCAAUGAAGCAGCCCUGAAAGGAUCUGUUGCCUCACUCCUUGAGCUGAUCCAAGAGGACCCUAAUAUCCUUAACAAGGCCAACUCAUCUCUUUCAGACACACCUUUACAAGUAGCAGCUCUUCUGGGUCACUCAGCUUUUGCCAAACAACUACUGACUCAAAAGCCAGAGCUUGCAACCGACUCAAACUCCCAUGGUUCUUCACCUCUUCACGUGGCAGCAGCAAAAGGGUACGUGGAAAUAGUGAAAGAAUUGCUGUUGGUGAACCCUGACAUGUGUUUGGUAAAGGAUCGUGAUGGGAGGACUCCCCUGCAUCUUGCUGCCAUCAAGGGUCGAAUUGAGGUGUUGACCGAGUUGGUCCGAGUCAGACCGGAGGCGACUCGGGUGUUGACUGGUGGAGGGGAGAGCGCACUCCACUUGUCUGUGAAGAAUAACCAUUUUGGAGCAUUAAAGGUUGUGGUUGAAUCUGUGGGAAAAGAUGAUCAAUUUGCGAAUUGGAGAGAUUCUGAAGGGAGCUCUGUCCUGCAUCUAGCUGUGGCCAAGAAACAGUUAGAGAUGAUAAAAUAUUUACUCACUAAUACCAAGACGGAAGUGAAUGGUCGAAAUGCAAAUGGCUUCACCGCCCUGGACCUUUUAUUACAUAGUCAAAGGGAUUUAAGGGACAUGGAAAUUAAAGAAUGCCUACAGAAAGCUGGAGCUUUAAGAAUGACUAAAGCGCACUCCAUUGCAAAUAAUCAGGAGAUUGAGGAAGUUCUGCCCCCAAUACAGGCACAACCAUUAAUUCCUAAGGAAACCAAUUCCAAACCGGUGGUUGAGAAACAUAAGCAUACUGAUUGGUUGGGAAGAAAAAGAAGUGCAUUAAUGGUUGUUGCAUCGCUGCUUGCAACUGUGGCCUUUCAGGCAUCGUUGUCUCCACCUGGCGGUGUAUGGUCAGAUGACUAUUUGGUUGAUUCUGAUGGCAACCCUGCAGAGAAUCCACACAAAGCAGGCUUGUCAGUAAUGGCCUAUUAUGAUCCACGAAAAUAUGAGGCGUUCAUGAUAUUGAACACAAUCGCCUUCCUUGCAUCAUUGAGCGUAAUUUUGUUACUCAUCAGUGGACUACCUAUGAAACGGCGCAGGUUCAUGUGGAUUCAGAUGGUGACCAUGUGGCUAGCAAUCUCAGCGUUUACUUCUACCUAUUUCGUUGCAUUGAUGCAAAUAACACCAGGACAAGUGAGAACUACGCUGUUCCAUGUGAGCAGAAUUUCAUUGAUGAUAUGGCUGGUGAUGAUGGGACUCGUGUUUGUAGGUAAUAUCACUCGGAUGACCUUAUGGUUGCUUAGAAAAUACGGUUACAUCAAGGAAAAGGAGAAAGAGUUUUCACUUUAUGUAGAGGAAGAAGAGAAUGAUGAGUGAGGACCUGUGAGAAUAAAUAUGUGAAAUUUGGGAAGGUUAGCUUCAAUUAAAUAUCAUCAAAUCUUCAUUUACAAAUAUUGAAAACCCAAGUGGAAAGACGAUUCAAUCAGCAUUCAAGAUUCUCUCUGAUGUAGAUAGAAUUUCAGUAAAUUUGCUGUCAUUGUAUGAACAUUGUUAUUAUUAUUAUCAGGGUCCGUUUUUGGAUCAGAAAAUAUGUAAUUCUAAAAGAUGAAAAGCCUAAGUUAUCCAGCUUUGAUUGUUCA